GGGGACACGGGGAGUAGGUCUAGGCUACCCAUGCACCACGUGAUACGUGGUCUGUGACCGAAUUCAGUUAGGAACAGCGGCAGAUUGCCUUAUUGAAGGCUGCGCGGCGCACUGGGAAUAAUUGAAACGUCGCUAAAUGUUUCUUGUGAUAUUUGGCUGCUUCUCAACAGUGUAAUGAGAUUAAGGAUGUUCAUUUCCCAGUUUGAAACUAAGACUUUCUAACUUUUACUCGGACUUCGUUAUGAAUUUGUAGCGUUUAGUAUGGUUUACAUUCGUUAAGGCAAUGUAUGGGCAACAUUACGUCCUUUGUUGUGGUUUGCGCUCAAGAAGACUGUAAACUUACCAUUGUUAAAAGUCAUAUCUUACUCGUGGAAAGAUACACAAUGGUUUACUCUUCGGCGUAGAAACUUUGGAAUUAUCAGAAGUACAGCAAGCGUGCCCUUCUCUCUUUGCCGAUUUACACCAUGCUGGAUGCGUCGGGACCUGCUGUAAGCGCAUCCAGCGAUGCGACUACGAAUGAUUGAGGCAUUUGCAAUGGAAAGAAGGAUGAACCAGUGAGCCCCUGAACAGUCAGGCCUCUGCAGAGUCUGACUGUCUCAGCUCACCGUCUGCUCCCGAGUGGCAUGUGGAAACCCAUCCAAGUGUGUCCAAGAAUGAGGUUCAAAUACACAAUAUUCUUCGUUGUUGUUGUGGCACUAGUCAUCAUCGAGAAGGAGAACAACAUCAUAUCCCGGGUAUCGGACAAGCUCACGCCCCGGCAGACCCCUCAGACUCCACUGCAGGCCACCAUCAUAGCCUCAGUGGCCGUGCCGAAGCAGAAUGACUCCAGGAGCUCGCUCAGCAAGCCGGACCCAGGCUUCCGGCACAUGAAGAGGCGCCUAGAGAACUUCACAGAGCAGGCCGAACCUGAGCGCCUCUCCUCAUGGGGCAAGAAGCACAUCCUGCUGCUGGCCACCACCCGCACAGGCUCCUCGUUCGUAGGCGAGUUCUUCAACCAGCAAGGGGACAACAUGUUCUACCUGUUUGAGCCACUGUGGCACGUGGAGCGGUCGCUCACCCUGGAGACGGGGGGCACCAAUGCCACGGCGGCCGGACCGGCCUACCGCGAUGUUCUCCAGGGGCUCUUCCUGUGCGACUUCACCCCGCUGGAGGAUUUCAUCGAGCCAGCGCCGGUUGACCACGUCACGCCGUCACUGUUCCGGCGCGAGUCGAGCAGCUCGCUGUGCGAGGAGCCCGUCUGCAGUCCCGUGGUCAAGGGCGUGUUUGAGCGCUACCGGUGCCGCACCCGCCGCUGCGGCCCCCUCAACCUCACGCUGGCGUCCGAGUCCUGCCGCCAGAAGGAGCACCGCGCCAUCAAGUCGGUGCGCGUGAGGCAGCUGGAGACUCUGAGGCCCCUAGCCGAGGACCCCAGACUGGAUGUGAAGUUCAUCCAGCUGGUGAGGGACCCGCGCGCUGUGCUAGCCUCCAGGAUGGUGGCAUUCUCCGCCAAGUACAAGAACUGGAAGAGGUGGGCUGUUGACGGGGAGGUGCCGGUGGAUGACGACGAGGUUCGCAAGCUGAAGGGGAACUGCGACAACAUCAGGCUGUCCGCUGAGGUGGGCCUGAAGCAGCCGGAGUGGCUGCGCGACCGCUACAUGCUAGUGCGUUACGAGGACAUAGCGCGCUUCCCCAUGAGGAAGGCCACAGAGAUGUAUCAGUUUGCCGGCAUCCCGUUUACAUCCAAAGUCAAAGAGUGGAUACUGAAGAACACUCAGGCUUCCAAGGAGGUCAGUGGGGUUUACUCGACCCAGAAAAACUCCUCGGAGCAGGUGGAGAAGUGGAGGUUUAGCAUACCGUUCAAAUUAGCCCAAGUGGUGCAGAAGGUGUGUGGCCCAACUAUGAAGCUCUUUGGGUAUAAAUUCGCAGAGAGCAAAGAGAUGUUAACUGACAAAUCAAUCAGUUUAAUCGCGGAAAAGAAUUUUUCAUAAAUCCUCGUGAACAUAUUUCUUUCCAAACACGACGUGCUAUUUUUCGUCAAGAAGCAAAGUGAUCCAAGUUGAAAUGAUUUAAUAGUUGUUUUGUAUUUAUUGAGGACAACACAUGCUUGAUGCAGUGUUGCGUAGUUACAUAUCCGAAAACUGUAGGAGGUAGACUAUGGGAUAUGGCUUGAUGUUUUUAUUGUUUAUCAAGUAACUGUGUCCAAAAAAGAAUUGUGAAAAUGUUGAAAACUAGAAUACUGGGUAUAAGUUUAAGAAAGAGGGAAACAGAACUUUAUUUAAGUGAUAUUUUUGUUACAAAGUAGUCUAAGGAUAUUGGUUAUAUGGCUUGUGGUGACUGUUAAUAUAUGGCAUCUUUCAGUGUUUUCAUCAUCAUAUCAGAAUAUCAAAAAAUGAAGUGAUGCACAAAUUGUUUUUGGAUAUAAGCUUUUGAAGGCCAAACUGUUUUUAAAGGAGGUGGACAUUAGCAGGAGACAAGCUGCUUUUAGGCCUGAAAGCAACGUGCAAAUGUGCUACAUUUAUAAAAAGUGCCAUUUAUUAAACCGAAUAAGGGAUAUCAGGAUUAAUCCUUCCAUCUUACCAUAUAUGUAUGGAUUGUUUUUCCACUGUUGGACACAUACACAGAGACAUACACACAAACAUGCUCUCUCUCUCUCUCUCUGUCUCACACACACAACAACAGAAGCACGCUUUAACACACAGACUCACACAGACACACCUACACACACCUACACACACUCAGACACCCAGGAAUGCUAGGUUAAUGUGUAUUUCAUGAGGACCCUCCCCUAGGACCCAGAGGUGCAUGUGUGUGUGUGUGUGUGUCUGUGUUCGGUGACUGGGGUGGCAUGUGAGAGCCACAGGUCUGUGUGGGGGCCUCUCCUCCUCUGUACCAGCAGAUGUUUACAACUCCACCGACUGCUUCUCUGACAUUCCUUCUGCAGCUGGCUUGCAGAAACGUGUGACAUUUAUCUCCCGUUUGUCCCUGUUGACACAUGUCUCCUGGCAAACGAUUAGAGGAGACCCAAAGACUGUUUUUCUUUUUUUUUUUUUUUUUUUUGUCUGCUGCGUAACGCUACUGUUUCUCUUCUCUACAUACAUAAAUUCACACGUUCUGCCUUCACUUUUUUUUAUGAGGUCAUGGUUUUGACUCGUCAUCUGGAUUUCAUUGCUUAUGAAAUUAAAUAUUGCUGAUGUCUA